CUUAUAUAAGACCAUUUUGGCAUACACACUUCUUGGCAAUUCCAAGUAACAUAACCAAAACAUUUGUAUUAAAAGAGUAUUUUUAUUGAUACUAUAUUUAAAUUGUGCCCAUUCAUUUCCAUACUAUUACCUCUAGGAAUGUCGUCAACUAUCAUAUUCAUUCUAACUAUUUUUUUGAGUUACAGAACUUCGCUAGCUACAUCUCGUGGUGGCCUUUUUGAAGCUUCUCCCAUUGAGAAACAUGAGCAAUGGAUGGCUCGAUUCAAUCGCGUUUACUCUGACGAAUCCGAAAAAAGAAAUCGGUUCAAUAUUUUCAAGAAGAACUUGGAGUUCGUCCAGAGCUUCAAUAUGAAUAAGAACAUCACGUACAAGUUGGAUGUCAACGAGUUCUCUGAUCUCACUGACGAAGAAUUUCGGGCGACACACACUGGACUAGUUGUGCCCGAGGAAAUAACAGGAAUUUCAACUCUGUCUUCGGAUAAAACGGUGCCGUUUAGAUAUGGUAAUGUUAGUGAUACUGGCGAGAGCAUGGAUUGGAGACAAGAGGGGGCUGUUACACCCGUUAAGUAUCAAGGCCGAUGUGGAGGAUGCUGGGCGUUUUCUGCGGUGGCGGCGGUGGAAGGCAUUACAAAGAUUACUAAAGGCGAGCUCGUAUCGCUAUCGGAGCAACAACUCUUAGACUGCGACACAGACUACAACCAAGGAUGUCAUGGAGGGAUAAUGUCAAAAGCUUUUGAGUACAUAAUCAAAAACCAAGGCAUCACUACAGAGGAUAACUAUCCAUAUCAAGAAUCACAACAAACUUGUAGCUCAUCAACUACCCUAUCAUCGUCUUUCCGUGCUGCUACAAUCAGCGGAUAUGAGACAGUUCCAAUGAAUAAUGAGGAAGCAUUGCUACAAGCGGUGUCUCAACAGCCUGUUUCCGUGGGGAUAGAAGGGACAGGAGCCGGGUUUAGGCACUACUCGGGCGGGAUAUUCAACGGAGAAUGUGGGACGGAUUUGCAUCAUGCGGUGACGAUUGUUGGUUAUGGUAUGAGUGAAGAAGGGACUAAGUAUUGGGUGGUGAAGAAUUCUUGGGGGGAAACUUGGGGAGAGGAUGGUUUCAUGAGGAUCAAGAGAGACGUGGAUGCACCCCAAGGAAUGUGUGGUUUGGCCAUGCUUGCUUUCUAUCCACUUGCUUGAAUACAUGAAGAUUGAUUGGGUGGGCUUGAAGUAAUUGAAAAUACUCUGAUCAAAAUGUUAUUUUAAGAAACAUUAUGGUCCCCAUGUUUUUGUGCAAAUGGAUUGAUAUUUUUGAUCUGAUGUUGUGGAAGAAUAAAAGCACCAAGUAAGAAUUAAA